AACAAAUUCGUUGUUUUUUUCGUGGUUUUUCGCGCGCCACGGCCGAAAAAGCCGAGGCGUCGUGAAUUUCGCUUGAUUCUGACUCCGGACGUGUCCUCCGAGUACACAAACAACGUUUAUAAUAACUACUGUAAAUAGAGAGUGUAUAUAGUGUGAUAGGUGAGUGAUAUAGGUGUGUGGGAUUUUAGUUGGCAAUGAGUUCAAGCAACAAAUCGGUGUCCUCCGGUGGGAAGGGCACCAACAAAAACAAAUCUUCACAACAACAUGGGAAAUCAGAUCAUCAAACUAAAUCAUCGGAUUCUACAAAACAUGAAAAGGCACAGCCAAAUGCUGUUCAGAUGCGGCAUGCACAAAUUAUUGACACUAGAAUGGGCAGUGGCGAAGAUCCUAUCUUAAAAGAACGUAUAAAGCAAGUUAUGGACAUGACUAGACGCUCCGAAGACGAAGUUGUCAUGGCUUUGCAUGAUAGCGAUGGGGACUUGGACCGUGCUGUUAAUGAUCUUUUGGAAGGUGUGAAAACGGAAUGGGAAGUAAAAAAGAAAAAGCCUCGUCAACCUAGUGGUUCCAAACAAAAUAUGGAUACUUCUGCUGGCCAGGACGAAGGUGGUGAUUGGGAUGAAAGACGUAAUCAACGAGGGGGUGGCCCUCCGCGUAUGCGGGGACGUGUUAAUCAUGAUAAUCGUGGAUGGCGGGGACGAGAAAAUAAAGAGAACGAAAGAAAUAUGGAGCAUGGUGUUCGCGAUGGCAGCUAUAGCGGUAAUAGAAGAGGAAGAGGUGGGCCCGGUAGACCUGGUCGAGGAGGACGCGGUGGAGGGAAAGGUCUUGGUCCGCGAACAUUUGCCAAUCGUAAUGAUCCAUCAUCAACUUCAUCGCCUCAUAAUUUUAAUCGAUCAAUUGAAACAUGGACAGGUAAUGAUGAACAGCAACAAACUGUCCAGGAACCAAAGAUGGAUGCAUGGAAUAAUUUGGAUUCUACAGAAGACUGGGAAAACGAAGAAUAUACAGGUUCAUUGGCAGAUACGAAAGUUUUUACGCCGAGUACUUUUGUAGCAGAAGCUCCAUCUUCCAUAGAAGAAUCAAAAACUCAAGAUCUGCAAUCCGUGCAGUCUAAUCAAAAUGUAAAUUUGUCAUUACUACAACAGGAAGAAUUACCAAAAUUAUCAGAAAUACCUCCGAUACAGCAACAGACUUUAAUUCAACAAUCACAACAACAACCUGUACUGAAUUUACCUACGAUGCAACUAUCACAGCAACCAAAUGCUAUCAGUGGUGGAGUAUUAACAGCUGCACAGACUCAGUAUUUAACCCAACUUACCCAACAAACAAGUGAAAAUUUAAAAGCUGCUGGACAAACAACAUUCUCAUCGUCGAUAUCCAGUCAGCCUCAAAGACCAGCAAAACAACGUCCACGAGUACCACCGCCAUCAAAAAUCCCAUCUAGUGCUGUAGAAAUGCCAGGAGACGCUGUAAAUAGCGGCAUUGGAUUUCUUGAUGUCCAAUUUGGUGCGCUAGAAUUUAGUAGCGAUUCAAGCUCCCUUGAUGGUUCUGCGAAUGAAAAAUUCAAUUCAGCUAGUAGUACAAUUCCUGGUGUGGAUGUAUCUUCUGCCACAAAUGCUGUAAACACUGCCAAUACAAAUAAGUCUCUGGACAUCGAAACAACACAAACAUCAACAACACCUUUCAGUACUACUUCUCAAAUUUUAUCAAAUAGUGACAAUUUACCAGUGUCGAGUGAACAUUCAAUAAACGCUCAAAGCUUUACUUCUCGCGGUAGCAGUACUGGACAAAAUUUAGAUAUAACAAAACAAGAUUUUACCUCGCAAGUCUCGCCAGGAAAUGCACCAACAUACGGUACAACAACAAAUUACCAGACCCAAAAGUCAUCAUUUCAAACACCUGCUGCAACACCAAGCACUUAUAAUGCAUAUUCUACAAAUGCUCAAUCGGCUCAAUCGUCCUUCCAAACAGUAUCUGGCACUAGUGCCAAUAGCUAUUCUUCAACAGCGACUGUUUCACAAGCAAGUUACAAUUCUUCGUCGUCAUUUCCUCAAUCCAAUACAUCAACCUUUAGUCAAGCAUCUCCUUCUGCGCCUGUGUCUGCAACUUCAGGUUACAAUCAACCAACAACUACUAAUCAGGUUUAUCAAUCUGCGAGCGGAUAUGUACCUGCUACUACAUCACAAUAUCAAACACAGGCUGUAGCCACGAAUACUGUAUCGAACAGUAGUUCAGGAUAUCAAACAAGUGGUUAUCAGGGAUCAUCUUCAUUUCAAUCGACUCCGCAAGCUUAUCAACCAUCUGCUACUACAUUCACUUCACCUAUUACACAGACUUCUGAAGCUUACCAAAGCGCGGCACAGUCUGCAUACGCUAGUGCGUAUGGCACAUACGCCAGUCAACCGCAAACGGCAUCCCAUAAUCAUAAAUUGAACAGUAAUGCGACGAAAGAUUCUCAAUACGAUAGUAACACGACGACAUCAAAUAGUUCGCUUGCAACUACUACGGCGACUACAUUGGGUCUUAGCUCUGCCUCCGUAAAUAGUUCACAAACUAAAGUAACUAAUUCUAAUGCGGUACCGAAAAGUACAACGAGUGGUGUAGUGACGGGUAGUACUGGUACUGGAAAUAUGGCAGGCGGUGGUGCAGCUGGCAGUAUUGCACCUAUGCUAAGCCAUCAAUAUAUCGUGGGCCAAAGUGUACCUUAUGCGUUUCAACAACAAAUGUACGGUUACGAAGAAUUGCAGCUUAUGCAACAAAGAAUACAACACAUGCCAACUACUGGUUACUAUGACGCGGCCUUGGGCUAUCAGACAACUGGCCCUGCUACCAAUCUCGGUGGAGGACGAGGAGAUGCACUUCCCGGUGUGCAAGGUGUUCAAGGAGUACAGGGUGUUCAGGGAGCCUAUACCAGUAUUAAUGAUGCCAGGUUUGCCAGAAACGACAGCAAUGCAUCUCCAGUUCCAUCUACUAUGUCGCAACAGACUGCUACGCAGCAUCAGCAAACAUUGAUAAAUCCGCUUCAUCCGACGUAUGCAUACUUUACAUAUGGCGGUGGAAUAAUGCCUGGCGGUUUUCAGUAUGGAACCCCUACUGCCAUUUAUUCUCAGAUAACCCCUGCUGGUAAUGCGGGCACGAAUAGCGGUGCAUAUAAUGCUAAACCUGGAAGUUACGAAUCUGGAUAUGGUGCUGGUGCAAGCUACGAUGCUUUAGCGUCUGCUGGCCCCUCGGCUGAUUACAAAGGUGCAGGGAGCAGUUACACCAGUACACAAACUGGUAAAACCGGAACAUCUACCGGAAAUACUAAUACUGGUGGAUCGUCUGCAACUGACAUAAGCGCGACUAUGUAUGUAAAGAGUCAUGUAGCGCUUAAUAAAGUAAACUCCUAUGACAAACAAACUUUUCACUCAGCAACUCCUUCACCAUUUAGUCUUACUAGUAAUCAAAACGCUGGUUUGCCUAAUACAUACGGAACACCGCAUUUGUUUAUCCCAACUAUACCCCAUCAAUUGCAUCAGCCACUUCAUCAAGAUGGCGGUAGCAGCACAGGCCAAAGGUCCAAUACAAGUUCCCAAAACAAAGCCCAAGCAAAACCAGGAUAUAGUCCUAGUUACUGGACUGGAAGCAAUUAAAAAAUGUUGGACUAUGCAAGGGAAAAUAGAGGAGAGAACACCAUUUUAGAUAAAAUACAAUUUCGCCAUUGUGAGACACGGUGGUGUGAGAUAUAGACAUUGACAUAAAUGACAUAAAAGGACACGAGAUAAGUCGUUUUUUGGUGAAACUAAACGAUUCUGGUACGACACGAGUUAAUAUAAAACGAAAGAUGAAUCUUAUAACGUGGAAGGAUUAAGCAAUUUUGACCGAUUUUACGUUUAAUAGAAUGAAUAUUUCUUUUUGCAUAAAUCUCAUGCAGAAAUUAGUUUAAAAAGUUAUACUUAUUUUAAUUAGCCUUAUUCAUUUCUUUCCUUUUUAUAAUAUUUCGAAAUAUUCUGUUGAAUUAUAAAAAUCCUUUAACGUGUUAUCUUGCUUAUAAUACUACAUAAUUCUUUAAUUACAAUAGAAAGUUUUUAGUGUGUAUAAUGCAGUAUAUAUGUUUCUGUAAAAUACAAUGUAUUUUUCGUAAAGCAAAGCAUGGUACACACGAAGUAAAAAAAAAGAUAAUCAUAUGCAACAUGAAAAAUUGCAUAGUUCUUCCAAAUGCGAGGCGCACUCGUGCCAAAUAAACUUAUAGCGUUUGUAACGUGUAAAACCGUGGAACGCAUGAUCGUACAUAUUUGUCAAGAUGAUGAAGACAAACAGAAUUUAUGUGGUAUGUUGAAACAUUAUGAAAAUCAAGAUUUGUGAGUAGCAUAACUCUCGUGUGAAAUACUGGAAAGAUGAUCUAGAAGAGUAAUUGACUGUUAAAUCUACUCCCGAUCUCCUAUCUGUAUACUACUGUGCAAUUGCGAAUAUACUGCAUCGACUGCAAAGGGUGAUAGUUUUUUUGUAUAAUGUAGGCAUCUCGGCUCACUAACAUCUAAAGUGCUUCUUUACAUAAAAACAAAGCACCUCGUUCGUGAUGAAACGUAAAACUAUACUAUUGUAAAUUACGAUAAUUGUAUGUAUUUAACCAUGGAACUUCAGGUAUAUAAAGUUAUAAUCAUCAUAAUGUUGUCACUUUUGGUAUUUAAAACGAGUGUAUAUUUGCACUAGUUUCGCAAUCUUGCGCGCACCCACAUAUACAUAUAUUUGAUUUGGUCGCUUUACAUUUUUUUUAGUUACCAGAACUUAUCAACGUUAUAUUUUAUUAACAAAAAGCUACUAAACCAAAAAGAAGAUACCGUCGCCCCAUGUUUUCAAAGAAUGUUUAGUUAAAAAUGAGAACGGUACUUGGUUAAUAUAUCUUAUGUUUAGGAAAGCGGCAUUGCAGAUUAAAUAGCACCACAAAUAGUAUGGAAACAAGAAGAAUUCAAUAAUUUUCUUGUGGUGUCUUGAAUAAAAUUCAAAUAAAUAGAGUUCAAACGUUUUUUGCAGAGCUCCUCAUAUAACUAUUUACGAUAUUUUCAAACUGUAAGUUAUAUUAUCGAAAACGUACAUUAUUUUAUUCUUAUUCAUACAUUAACUCUUAUUAAUAGCCCUAUAUCAUCAAUAUAAUUUAUCGUUUAUAAAUGUCUCACUUUAAUUUAACAGUGACUAAAAGUUUUUGUUUUCAAAGUAUUGUUUAUCUCUUUCAAAUUAAUUGAUUUUUUUGAAUUAUCAAGGUACUUUUAAAUACGAUACGUUUGAAAAUGGAUAAAUGAUUCUUUAAUCGAUAGAUAAUUUAUAAUUAUUACCGAAUAGUUAUUACAGCAUUAAAAUAACUAACUUUUUGGAGUUUACUAUGUAAGGAAGUUCUUCAAAAGAGAAUUAAGACACGUACUAUGACAUUCUAUUUGAUGUUUACAAGAUGUAUAGUCCAAAUAAUAAUCUUAUGUGGCUCGCCGUAAGUUCAAUUUCUUUUUUUUACUUUUUCGCUUCUGAUUCGUACUCAUUUCUAGGAUCUGCUUAAAAACUGUAAUAUUUGUUAAUACAUAAAUAAAAAUGAAUUUUAGUUGAUCAAAGUAAGAGUAUUAAGUAAGUUUAAUUGUCGAAUAAAAAUUUGAAGAAAACAUGCAUACAAAUCUUAGUUGAGAAUAUGACUAAAACCAAUCUCUCUCUGUCUGGAUUUUUUAAUAAAUUUGAUAUUAACGUAAUUCCGAAAGAAAUGUCGAUGUUAGCGUACUGAUACUGACUAUUUACCACGACUUGGAUCCUUUUCAUUAGAUUAUAAUGGAUAAAAAAAAAAAAAAUGAAUGCAAUUGUCGAUUCCGUCUGGUAAAAGAACAUCUGUGCUGUUACAUCAUUUACAUUGAUUAGAAACGUACUGUACAGUUAUAAAGUAAUCGGAAAGAAGUAACACAUCAAUCAACACAUGUCAUUUUAGAAAUAUACUUUACAUUUUUGCAUUGUGGAUAGUAAUCAUUGCAAAUGAUUUCUUUUGUGAAAAAUGUAUGAACACAAAUAUAAAACAAAGCGUUUCCAAGAGGUGCUGUUAAACUCUUUAUGACUUGGUAUGUGUACCAUACUAGGGGGAAAAAAAUUAAUUUUCCGUAAAUGAUCAAUCGAUCAUCGAAACUUCAUCGAGUACUGCUGCUAUGAGGAAGAAGUAUAUAAUUGUAAGUAAAGUCUUGUUAGCAAUUGCAUAUAUAAAUAUAUAAAAAUUUGAAUGACAGCGGUAUGGAUAGGAUACAUUCGAAAAUCAUGGGAGACCAAAUGUAGAGUAGUUGUCCUAAAAAAAAAAAAAAGAAAAAGAAAAUGUAAAUCUGUAAUCAUAAAUUUUCGAGAAACAUGAUCGAUUUUAUCUUCGUCAUAAUGAUACCCGGAUACAGAUUAUUCGUUCAUAUUAACGACAGAAUGUUCUGGAAAUUUAAUAUGUACUGCUACAAAUUUAACAACUAUUGUUCUUUAAGAAAAACAAAUUGUAUAAAUAUACACACGAUUUUUAAUGAUUGUCAACUAUGUUACAAUUUAAAUACAUUGAGAAAGUAUUUGUUAAAAUUAAAAUUUAAAUACUAAAUAUGGCCUCGAUUUAUUUAAGAUCACUUAUUCAUUGCAAAUAAAUAGCUGAAAUUUAUUAACUUGUAUUUUAAGUAAAUGUUAGACAUAUUUCUGUUAGGUUUUAGAUAUGUUACUUGAAUAGAGAAGAAAACUGUUUUUAGUCAAGAAAUCGAAGUGUUAAAUUAUAAUUGUUUGUCGAUCGUCUCAAAUCGAAAGUAUAUUUACACGAUUUAGAUUAGUUUCAUUAAUAUCUUUAAUGGAUCGGUGAAUUUGUAUAAAAGAUAUUUUGGAACACCUUGGGACAUCUUUACGCAUUAAGACGAUAUAUAUACGUAUAUAAACACACGCAUAAAACAUUCAAGUGAUUGGUAAUAACUAAGAAAAUAAAACUACUUUCUUGUUUUAUGUCAGCAUAUAUUUUAGAAUAUUUCGCACUCCCUAUGCUCAAAUGAGCUUAAGGGCAAGGAUAUUAAAUGUAAUGUGUAAUGGGAAAUACAAAACGAAUGCAAAAUAUUUUACGAAAAGUCGAGAUACGAAUGAAACGUAAAAUUCAGAUCAAGCAGUUUGUUCUCGUAAUUACACAUUAAUAAUUUUUGUAUUUUUGUCAAAUAUUAAUCUAU